GUGCGGCGGCGGCUGCGGGCCGGGCUGUGCAGCCGAGCAGUUGGCGUCGCUACGGGCGCUGGGCGCGGCGGGCCGGGUGACGCGGGGCCGGGCGCCGCCGCGCCGCCGCGAUCAUGUCGGAGCCGGCGCCCGAAGUUCCGGAGGAUCUGUUCCGCGAGGUCAAGUACUACGCGGUGGGCGACAUCGACCCGCAGGUUAUUCAGCUUCUUAAAGCUGGGAAAGCCAAGGAAGUCUCCUACAAUGCUCUAGCCUCACACAUCAUUUCAGAGGAUGGGGACAACCCUGAGGUGGGAGAAGCCAGGGAAGUUUUUGACUUGCCUGUUGUAAAGCCUUCCUGGGUGACUCUCUCCGUGCAGUGUGGUGCUCUCCUGCCAGUCAAUGGUUUCUCUCCAGAGUCCUGUCAGAUUUUUUUUGGACUCACUGCCUGCCUUUCUCAGGUGUCGUCUGAGGACAGAAGUGCCCUGUGGGCCUUGGUUACGUUCCACGGGGGCAACUGCCAGCUGAACCUCAACAAGAAGUGCACACAUUUGAUUGUUCCAGAGCCAAAGGGGGAGAAGUACGAGCGUGCUGUCAAGAGAGGAAGUAUUAAGAUUGUCACCCCUGACUGGGUCCUGGACUGCGUGUCUGAGAAGAGCAGGAAGGACGAAGCCUUUUACCACCCGCGUCUGAUCAUCUAUGAGGAGGAGGAAGAGGAGGAAGAGGAGGGAGACAACGAGGAGCAGGAUUCUCAGAACGAGGGCAGCACUGAGAAGUCAAGUGCAGCCAGCUCUCCAGAAGCCUCUCCUCCUGACCAGCCGUUCUCGCCCAAGCCCAGAGCCGAGGUGUCCAAAGGGGAGUUGAUGUUUGAUGACUCUUCUGAUUCAUCCCCCGAAAAGCAGGAGCGGAGCUUGAACUGGGCCCCUGCUGAAGCCCCGCCACUAACCACGGCCCAGCGCAGACUGCCUCAGGGAAAAGGGCCGGGACUUAUUAACCUGUGUGCCAAUGUCCCACCAGUCCCCGGGGACAUCCUGCCUCCUGACAUGCGGGGUAACUUGAUGGCUGCUGGACAAAACCUCCAGAGUUCUGAGCGAUCAGACAUGCUUGGGACCUGGAGCCCAGCUGUCCGGACGUUACGAAACAUCACAAACAACGCCGACAUCCAGCAGAUCAGCCGGCCAUCCAAUGUUGCGCACAUCUUACAGUCUCUUUCAGCACCCACAAAAAACCUAGAGCAGCAGGUGGCGCAUGGCCAACAGGGACACCCCACUGCCAGUGCUGUGCUAUUUGGCCAGUCUAAAGGCGCUCCCGAGACACACGUGUUGCAGCAGCACCAUCCUCCCCAGCAGCCACCACAACAGCACCCAGUCCUGCAUCUCCAGCCCCAGAUCAUGCAGCUCCAGCAACAGCAGCAGCAGCAGCCACAGCCUUACCCCCAGCCGCCGUCACAUCAGUUCCCUCAGCAAGUCCAUCAGCAUCAGUUUUCUCAGCAGCAGCUCCAGUUUCCACAGCAACCAUUACACCCUCAGCAGCAGCUGCAUCGCCCCCCACAGCAGUUGCAGCCAUUUCAGCAGCAGCAUGCCCUGCAGCAGCAGCAGCAGCUCCAUCAGCUGCAGCAACAGCAGCUACAGCAACACCAGUUAGCACAGCUCCAGCAGCAGCAGCAGCAGCAGCAGCAACAGCACAACCUUCUCCAGCAGCAGCAGCAGCUCCAGCGCCUGCACCACCAGCAGCAGCAACAGCAGCAGCAGAUGCAGAAUCAAGCAGCACACCUGAACCAAACAUCCCAGGCACUACAGCACCAGGUUCCACCCCAGCAACCCCUGCAGCUGUCCCUACAGCCCGCACCUCAGCAGCAGCAGCAACAACAGCAGCAGCAGCAGCAGCAGCAGCAGCAGCUUUAUGGACAUGACCCAGCAGUGGAGAUUCCAGAAGAAGGCUUUUUGCUAGGAUGCGUGUUUGCAAUUGCGGACUACCCAGAGCAGAUGUCGGAUAAGCAGCUGCUGGCCACCUGGAAAAGGAUAAUUCAAGCGCAUGGUGGCACUGUGGACCCCACGUUCACAAGCCGAUGCACACACCUCCUCUGCGAGAGCCAAGUCAGCAGUAUGUAUGCACAGGCACUGCGGGAGAGGAAGCGGUGUGUCACUGCGCACUGGCUCAACACAGUUCUGAAGAAGAAGAAACUGGUGCCACCCCAUCGAGCCCUGCAUUUCCCUGUGGCGUUCCCACCUGGGGGCAAGCCCUGUUCACAGCAUAUUAUCUCUGUGACUGGAUUUGUUGACAAUGACAGAGAUGACCUGAAGUUAAUGGCGUACCUGGCAGGUGCCAAGUACACAGGGUACCUGUGCCGUAGCAACACUGUCCUCAUCUGUAAAGAACCAAGCGGUUUGAAGUAUGAGAAGGCCAAAGAGUGGAGGAUCCCGUGCGUGAAUGCGCAGUGGCUGGGGGACAUUCUGCUGGGAAACUUCGAGGCCCUGCGGCAGGUGCAGUUCAGCCGCUACACCGCCUUCAACCUGCCGGACCCCUUCGCGCCCACUCCACACUUGGUCUUAAGUCUUUUAGAUGCAUGGAGGGUCCCAGUGAAGGUGACUGCGGAGCUCUUGAUGGGUGUAAGAUUACCCCCUAAGCUGAAGCCAAAUGAGGUCACCAACAUCCAACCUUCUUCUAAACGAGCCAGAAUCGAAGACCUGCCACCCCCUACUAAGAAGCUGACUCCAGAGCUGACGCCUUACGUGCUUUUCACUGGAUUUGAGCCCGUGCAGGUUCAGCAGUACAUUAAGAAGCUGUACAUCCUGGGUGGAGAGGUUGCCGAGUCCACGAAGAAGUGUACCCACCUCAUUGCCAGUAAGGUGACGCGCACUGUGAAGUUCCUGACGGCCAUCUCGGUGGUGAAGCACAUCGUGACUCCGGAGUGGCUAGAGGAGUGCUUCAAGUGCCAGAAGUUCAUUGAUGAGCAGAACUAUAUCCUGCGAGAUGCUGAGGCAGAAGUGCUCUUCUCUUUCAGUCUAGAAGAAUCCUUAAAGAGAGCCCAUGUUUCUCCCCUCUUUAAGACAAAGUAUUUCUACAUCACCCCUGGCAUCUGCCCGAGCCUUGCAACGAUGAAGGCGAUUGUAGAGUGUGCAGGGGGAAAGGUGUUGUCCAAGCAGCCGUCCUUCCGGAAGCUCAUGGAGCACAAACAGAAUAAGAGUCUGUCAGAGAUUAUUUUAAUAUCCUGUGAGAACGACCUGCACUUGUGUCGAGAGUACUUUGCCAGAGGAAUAGAUGUUCAUAAUGCAGAGUUUGUUCUGACUGGAGUGCUCACACAGACACUGGACUACGAAUCAUAUCCUUUACGAAGGUGCAUAGCGGGGACAGGCAAGGGUAAAGGUGCAUUUGCAGGUUGAAAAAGGGACACCAUGGUUCUUGUCACCAGACCUUUCCCUUGCUGUUGUAGAGUGUACAGUCUGCAGCACUUUUGAGAGUUCUGUCAACAGGUGACAGACUAAGGACCGGUCUGGCUCAUGUAGGUGUUCCAGUUGAUAGUUAGGCCCCAUAGAAAAUGAUUGGAGCUAGCAUCUGAGAGGUGUGUUCUGCACUCCACAGCUUGAUAGCAGCAUUGUAUAAGUUACAGCUGUGGCGGGGUCGGCUUAAGACUCCUCGGGCUGUCAGGCAAGAAGUACAGCCUGUUAGACUGUUUAUAGUUCACAACAAACAAUCGCCAGUAUUAGUUUGAGAAGGAUAGAGAUUUUUGAAAGGUUUCACUGUGUUGCUGGCUGGCCUGGCACUAUGUAUCCCAGCCUGGCUUCAAACUCAACUGAUACUCCUGCUUCAGGCUGAGUACUGGCAUGCGCUUACGGGCGUGAGACACCAUGCCCAGCUGAGUGGUUGCUUUAGUGUGUGAUCUGCCCCCAUGUUUUAUGUUUUGCAUCCAGGUCAGAGUUGUGUCAUCACUGGCCCUCGUCUUUAUAGUGUCACCAGCUGAGUGAAUUACCAAACACUUCCUCUUAGUCUCAGAGAGCUCAGUAAAAUGUAGGCUAGAAGACUUAGCUGGGUGGCACUGAGUACAAAGAGUGCCAGGAGCCAGCAUGAGUACCAGGUGGGAACCUCCCUUUGCCACUGAGCUGGGGCAGUGAUGGGAGGCAGGUGUGCUGCAGCAUCAGGUCUUGAUGUAGCAUAUUCCUCUUGAGUCAGCUAGAGAGCCUGUGCACGUCACAUGAGUUUGAUAAGACCUGGGUGUUAGAGUAUGCAAUGGAGGGAGUUUGAUAAGGACCCGGGUGUUAGAGUGUGCAGUGUGUGUGUGUGGGGAGUUGAUAAGACCCGGGUGUUGGAGUGUGCAGUGGGGGGCGGUUGGUAAGACCUGGAUGUUGGAUUGUGCAGUGGCGCGCACGGGAGGUGGGGUGAUAAGAGCCAGAUGUUGUAGUGUGCAUUGGAGGAGUUUGAUAAGACCCGGGUGUUGGAAUGUGCAGU